AUGGAUCCCGAUCUAGAUGGCGAUGUUGCUGAUCCGCGUUUACCUGAGGACGCUCCCAAUUUAUGUCGAAUCUGUGGUUGUUACGCCUCUAAAAAAUGUGGAAAAUGUGGAGUUGCCUGGUACUAA